AAGAAGAAAGGCCCAAAGGAAAAUGGUGUACACUGCUGAACUGUACUGCGGGUAAUGAAUGAAUACGCAUUGUUUGUUACCGCCGCACCGUCGUAGAUUGAUUGAUUCAAACCUCAUCGGAUUUGGUGGGAUCGAUCGGAAACAUAGUGGUGGAGAAAGCAGAUGGUGUCAAGUUCUAUAUGAUUGAAUGAAUGGCAACGAGUGCAAUUUUAUUUGCUGCUUGCGGAGAACCGAAUUGGUUACAAACGAUGACAACGACACAUAUCGCAUUUCUAAGAUUUAUUAAUCGCACUAUUCAAUCUAUUAAUCAACGCUUUUUCUCCUCUCAAGACCAAGACAUCAAACAUGUCAGGAUAUUACACGACGAGGAUACAGUGUCAGCUAUUGGGAGAAAGUGCCAGCUGAACGCUCAAGAUUGUUCGUCGCAUGCCAAGAAUUUUGGUGGUGAGAAGGGCCCGCGUGCUGUUUUCAAUGUGUUGGAUACGAUGCUAAAGUCUAGUCUAGAGCGUCUCAAGAUUAUGAGGGAAAAUAUAUCCUUGGUAAAGAUAGGUCUUCAUGGAUAUGCAUUUGAAUAUAACAAUGUUGAAAAUGCAGCCACCAUUAGGUUUUUGUGCUUGGAAGGUAAAUUGGCAGCUGCUUGGUGGCUUCGGAUAAAAAUGAUGGAAAAAGGUGUUCUCCCUGACGUGUAUACCCACAACCAUAUUGUAAAUGGGUUGUGCGAAAAUGGGCGUAUGGAGAAUGCAGAUUUUCUUGUUAGACAGAUGUUAAAAUCUGGUCCUCAUCCCAACUGCAUUACUUACAACACCUUAAUUAAGGGCUAUUACGCUGUCCAUAAUACAGAAAAAGCUGAUGAUCUGUUCAGAACCAUGUCCAAUACUGGUAUUCAGCCAAACAGGGUUACAUGUAACAUAAUUGUACGCGCAUUGUGUGAGAAAGGUCAUCUAGAGAAAGCUAGAAACAUGCUUGAUAAAAUACUAAAUGAUGAUAACGGUGAAGCUACACCUGAUUUAGUGGCUUCAACUACACUUAUGGAUAAUUACUUUAAGAAUGGGAAAAGUAAUCAGGCUCUUGGUCUUUGGAAUGAGAUGAUUCAAAAGUGUACAAAAGUAGAUGUUGUUGCUUACAAUGUUCUUAUCAAUGGAGUUUGCCGGAAUCAACAGAUGCAUCUUGCAUAUGGAUAUGCAUGUGAGAUGCUUAAGAAAGGUUUAAUUCCUGACGUUUUUACUUACAAUAUUCUUAUUCAUGCUCUUUGCAAGGAGGGAAAAAUUAGUGAAGCUUGCUACCUUUUUGGAGUUAUGUCUAAAAUGAGAAUUAUACCUGACCAAAUUUCAUACAAGAUGAUGAUUCAUGGCCUUUGUUUGAAUGGAGAUGUUCUGAGAGCAAAAGACUUGCUUUUGUGUAUGUUGAAUAAUUUUAUGGUGCCCCAGGCUAUAAUAUGGAACCUAAUCAUUGACUCUUAUGGAAGAUGUGAAGAUCUUAGAAAUGCUUUUUUAACAAGAGAUCAGAUGUUGGCUUCUGGUGUUCUCCCCAAUGUAUUUACUUAUAAUGCUUUAAUUCUUGCACAAUUGAAGAGUGGAAAUAUCCACAAUGCUCACUCUCUGAAGGAAGAGAUGCGCACAAAAAAUCUUCGUCCUGAUGUGGUUACUUAUAAUUUGUUGAUAGGCGGUGCUAUUAAUAUAGGAGAUCUCGAUUUAGCGCAUCAACUAUGUGAUGAGAUGGUGCAGAGGGGGCGUGAACCAGAUUUAAUAACUUGUACUGAAUUUAUUAGGGGGUAUUGUAUCAUUGGUAACAUUGAAGAAGCAGAAGAGCGUUAUGCUAGAAUACUGAAAUCUGGUUUAUGGAGCGAUCAUGUUCCAGUUCAGAUUCUUUUUAAUAAAUACUGCAAAUUGGGGGAGCCAAUAAGGGCAUUUAACUUUUAUCAAGACUGGCUGAAAAGUAAACAAGACAGUAAUUGUUCCUGAAGCCCCUAUAAUGCUUAUGAUUUUAGACAUCACUUGGUGCCAAGUUCUG